AAAGCUUGAAUAUAUACAACACUGGAGUAGUUUUAUUGUCGCUUGGUGCUUUUCCGUCCUUUGUGAACGUCCUUUUUCUGUUUGAUGUUAAUUUUAACCACUUCAUACGGGCUAGCUUUAGAAUCAUAGCACAAAACAGGGAACAUAAACCACCUUAUUUAUUUAUUUAUUUAUUUUAACUGGGUGACUAGCUGUCUUCUGGUGCUGGGCCCCCUGUCUGACCAGGGCCCUUAGAAUUGUCCUAAUACCCCCAACCCCCGAAUACAGCGCCCCUGUCACUCAUAUAUAAUUUUAGGUUAAUUUUUUAAUUACUUACUUAUGUACUUUAUUACCCAUGUAAUUUGCACUGCUCUCUUUAUUUGACAUUUUUUUAUGUUAGAGCUUGUAAUUCAAGACAAAAUCCAACAAGCAAACAAAAUAAUUACUUUAUAUAGGGUGAGUUUCUUAUUUGCUCAUUGAAAACGUUGUUUAAUAAAAAGCUUAUUAUUGAAGCAAUAUGAUGAAAUGUUCCAGGUUGUGCCCUAAUUACUUUAUUGUUGAUUCAGUGAGCUUGUGUCUUUUUAUUUGUUUGUUUGUUGUUUUUUGUUUUUGUAGGGUUAAAUGAGGCUGAGAUUAUUAAAAAAAGUUAUUAAAAUCUUUCAGUCUUUUAUUUAGGAAAAUAAAACCAAGAAAUGGACAUUUGCUAAUGCUUCAUGAUGAACAGUGGGCUGGAGAUGGCGAUGUUGCAUUGCUGAUUCAAGUUUGUUCCCACAGAAGAAGAGGAAGAAGAGAAACAGACGAGACUGAAGUUUGUGUUUGUGUGUUUCAGCUGUUUACCUCUCAGUACAACAGGCACCUUGUCAUACUAAACAGUAAACAUCUUAGUACGGUUACUGUUUUAUGAGAUCAAAUACUUCAGGAUUCUAGCUGAUGGGACAUGAUCUUAAAAUCAGAUCUGAAGGCACACGAGGAAACCAAUGAAUUUCAAAAGUGGGAUGGAUAAGGUCAUUAACUGUUUCAAUAAAAGGCCUGAGGCUGUAGCAAGGCUGAUCUGUUUUCCCUGGGCAGGUGGAGGCUCCAUCCACUAUGCCCGCUGGGGAAGACUCCUUAACCACUCCAUUGAAGUGUAUGCAGUCAGAUUGCCUGGAAGGGAAGGCCGAGGAAAAGAACCCUUCUUCCAGAACAUGCAGCAGAUCCUUGAUGAGGUACUUGGUGUGAUUUUGCCAGAGCUCAAAGAGAAACCAUUUGCUGUCUUUGGACACAGUUUUGGUGCCAUGACGAGCUAUGCUUUCACUGAAUAUGUGAAGAAUGUUUACAAUCUUGAGCCUGUACAUGUGUUCCUCUCCGGAGCCUCUGCACCUUAUUCUGAAACUAGACUGCAGGCACCACGUAGGAGCCACCUGUCUGAUGAAGAAUUCCUCCAGUGGAUGAUCUCUCUUGGAGGAACGCCUCCUGAAAUCCUGGCCAAUCCUGAGGCGCUAAAGUUGUUCCUGCCAGCCUUGAGAGCAGACCUAAAUGUAGUAGAGAACUACAGGUGUAGCAGGCCAACAGCCCCUUUCUUGUCAUGUCCAGUGUCAUGCUUUGACGGCAAGGAGGAUUUGCCGCAUGACUUACAAGCAUUCAGAGCCAUGACCAGUGGAGAUUUCAGUGUACAGAUGCUGCCUGGAUCACACUUCUACCUAAAAGAUGCCGCAAAUGAGAAAGUCAUACUGGACUAUAUGACAAAACAUCUAGAGACAGCUGAGAUGGACUACUUGUAGAAUACGUUUGGAUAUAAUCACUGCUCCUGUGGCAGUGGAACUCUUUACACAACAGAGUUUAAACAGAAAGGAAAGCAUUAACACUGACAUUCUUAUAUUUCUGUACGAGCAUUAAUUCUUCUAUUAAUGGCAGUAAAUGAUAUUCUUACAGUUAAGAUAAUUUCAGAUGUAUUUGUUCACUAAUUUUCAAACGAUCUUUUGCUAAAUUACAUUUUGGUAAUGACUAAGUUGAGAAUGUCACUGUGGGAAAUUGGUCCUAGCUUUAAAGGUGUUACUUGUGCUAUUAAUUUGUUUUCAGUCUGACACAAUUUUCUUUCUGUAAUGGAAAAAAAAAAAUCUGUAGGUAAUCAUCUGUGUCAUGUGUACACUGUGUUUAGUCAAACACUACACAUUUAAUUAGCCAAAAAGACCCAUAACAGGUUAAAAUGUGUAAGGUUUGUCGCUUGUAUAUUAAUAUGAUUAAUUGGAUACUGAAGGUAGAAAUGAACAUUUAUUCAUUUUGGCUGACAUCCAGAUUUAAAUAAAAGUGAGGCAACUCCAACACAGAAAUAAGUAGUUAGGUAAAAUCCUCGCACAAGGACAUAACUACUAUCUAAUGUCAUAUUUGAUGAUAGUAAUACAUGAAUAAAUUUAAAUAAAUAAAAAUGCAUU